AUGAUAUCUGACUCUUAGAAAUCAUUUAAAGAUUUUUUAGAUACUUAUGCUUUUAGAAAAAAGUAGCCUGAAAAAAGAAGAUAACCUAAAUUGAAUCCAAUGUUUCUAUUUACUAAUUAUCAACCUUAAGGAAAUUCCAUUUAAAUCGAAUAAAAUUUUAGUUACGCCAUCACCAAUUCUAAAGUUAUUAAUAUUGAUCCCCCAUUUAAUUUAAGAUUCAAAACUUUAGAGAGUGAAAAAAACAAUAUGUCAGGUCUAUCAUUGUUUCGUAAAAACAGAUGGUAACAAAAGGAAAAAAACUAAUGUUUAAUUAGAAAUUCAGAAUUAUUCAAUGAUGUUAUAUAAAAAUCAUCAAGGUUUCAAAGCUAAUAGUAAUUGGUACCCCUCAAAUCCUAAGAUUAAAUAAUAAAAGGAUAUUUGAUGGAAUUAUCUAAAAAGAGAAAAGUAGCCUCAAAACCUUAAGGAAUAGAUGAAUUAUUGAAUUAUGAAGCCGAUUAAAUCUAUAUUGAUAUAACAAGAAGAGAUCCUAUCUUGAGUCUAAAAUUUCCUAAUAAGAAUCAACCUGGAGUUAAAUUACUAUUUAGAAAUCUUUUAGCAACUGCAUAUGAUCAAUAAAUGUUCUUAGAUUUACCUAGGUUAAGAGUGGCUCAUUUAGGCAUGUUAUUAACACAAGCUCAUUUUUUUAAGUUCAAAUAUCAUUUUCUCAAUAAGUACAUGCAUUUAAACAUUUCCACUGAAAAGGUGUUUAAUUGCUGUGAAAGGAUUGAAAAUAUUCGUCCCUAUAUUCUGAACGAAAUAUUAGAAUUUGAAAUAUACGGAGGUGAUGAAGGUAUUAAAUCUAUAACAAAAUUUAUGUAUAAAAAGAUUUUAUCAGAUGUCACAUUAGCACCUUAUUUUGAAAAGAUUGAUGUAGCAACACAGGAAAUUAAAUUUGCUAGACUUUUUUUUUAAUUAAUUUAUCAUUUGGAUUCUCCAAAUUAUUCAUGUGAAGUACUUAGAGAAAGGCAUGUAAAGUAUGCCUUAACUAAUGUAUAACUUACAAAUUUUAAAUACUAUUUAUCAUUAACUUUAUAAUAGACUGGUAUUCCUUGGAAGAAUAUAAGAUAAUUAUUAAGAAGAAUGGAUAUUUAUAAAUACGCAAUCAUUAAUAAAAAUGAUCUCCAACAUUAUGUUAAUUAAGUAGGAUUUAAUUAAUUUAUUGAAAAUUUUGUGAAUAGUUGUGCAUAAGAUGCUAUGUUAUUUGAAUUGAUUCAACGCAGAGGAAAAUAGUGUUUUAUAGCACAUUGCUGUAAUAUUUUUCAUUAUUUUUUUCGUUACAAUAUAAAAGCAAUUACUAGAGAAGAUUUACAUUUAAUUCAUUAAAAGAAGGCAAUAAUAAAUGAGAAAGUUUUUGAUAGAUUUAAAUAGAAGGCAGUCGAAUCAGUAAAAGCAUUGACUGAUGAUAAUAUAGUUAUUUAAGACUUUAUUGAAGAUUGGGAUGAAAUUAAGCCAAUAAUUUUAGGGGAAACUAGAGAAUAACAGAUUUUAAGUUUAGGAUAAGAUUAUGUGAUUCCGAAAUUAGUUUCAAUUUUAGAAUAUGAAUUUGUUUAAAGACAUUUAAAUAAAAUAUAUGAAACUGAAGAAGCAGAAAUGGGUCAUAGUAUACUUUGUAAAUUAAACCUACUCUUAUAUGGAGUAAGAUUCUUUAAAAAGUAAGACUUGUAAAUCAUUCACAAAAGAUUUAAAAUAACUUAAUUACAAUACUAUGAUUUUUAAUAAUGUUUUAAGAUUGCCUUAGAAGAAUAUAAGGUUUUGAAUUAUGUUCAUUAGUUGAUUGAAGAAUAUGAAUAGUUUAUAGUCUCUGAUUGA